GAGCGGGAUGGAGAACAGCGACAGCGGCGAGAGUGAGGGCGCCUCGUCCCAACAAAACUCGAUGUGGAAGCAGUUUCAAGCCAAAACCAAGCCGCUUCUGAGCCCCAGGAAGGAGCGGGGCGGCGGGAUGUUCAGGAAGAUGAAGGGGAAGGACAACGCCGUGCUGGACAGGAUCAUCUCCUCGUCGCAGCCCGACCUGCUCUUCUCCGCUGCAGCGGAGCCGGAGCCGCGGGAGGCUGCGCUCUGCGACGCAGCGCCAGGGAGCGGCUCCGCCCUCGGCCGGCAGUCCUCCGGCGUGAAAAAGCCCACCGUGUUCCAUCUGGUGCAGUCACAUCACAAGAGCUCCUCCAUGGGCUCUGCGUGCUUGGAGAGACUGGUCGAGUCAACGAGCGGCGAAGGCGAAGGCGAAGGCGACGCGGGGAGGAAACGCGAUCAGCCGGGAACAGGCUUCUCUGCUGAGCCGGCCGUCAGCAGCUCAGGGAUGUACAAGCUGGAGAUCGAGCUUAAGAGAGGACACAACCUGGCCAUCCGGGACCGAGGAGGCACCAGUGAUCCAUACGUCAAGUUCAAGCUGGGUGGUAAGGAGAUGUUCAGGAGCAAAACCAUCCACAAAAACCUUAACCCAGUGUGGGACGAGAAGACCACUUUAAUCGUGGACAGUCUGAGCGAACCUCUCUACGUGAAGGUGUUUGAUUAUGACUUUUGCCUUCAAGAUGACUUCAUGGGCUCAGCUUUUCUUUACCUGGAGUCUCUAGAGCAGCAGAGGACCAUACCCGUGACUUUGGUUCUGAAGGACCCUCAGCUCCCAGAUCACGACUUGGGUUCUCUGGAGCUGUCUGUCAACCUCACACCUAAAAGCAGUCCCAUCGAGGAGCACCGAGACACAACGCAUGGAGAAGUGAAGGCGUACCGCUGGAAGGGUUACGUGAACAAAACCGUGCUGCUCAGGAGGUCCUGGAAACGGUCCACCAAGCGUUUUGUCUGUGUGGACCAGCAGCAGCAGUCCAUGCGUCUCUCUGACCUCCAUCGGAAGUCUCAGCUGUGGCGAGGGAUCGUCAGCAUCGCUCUGAUCGAAGGUCGGAACCUGACACCCAUGGACCCCAACGGCCUGAGCGACCCGUACGUCAAGUUCAGACUGGGACCGCAGAAGUACAAGAGCAAGACGGUGCCGAAGACGCUGUGUCCUCAGUGGAGGGAGCAGUUCGACCUGCAUGUGUACGAGGAGACGGGUGGCGUGUUGGAGAUCACGGUGUGGGACAAAGACACCGGGCGGAGAGACGACUUCAUUGGACGCUGCCAGUUGGAUCUCUCCAUUCUGAUCAAGGAGCAGACCCACCACCUGGAGCUGCCGCUGGAGGAGUCCCGGGGCUUCGUGGUGCUACUAGUGACGCUCACUGCCUCGGCUGCUGUCUCAAUCGCCGACCUGUCUAUCACACCGCUGGACGACCCAGAGGAGCGCAGGGAGAUCCUCGGGAGAUAUGCUGCUAGGAGGUCCUUCUCCAACCUCAAAGACGUGGGCGUGGUACAGGUGAAGGUGCUGAGAGCAGAGGGACUCAUGGCUGCGGACGUAACCGGUAAAAGUGAUCCUUUCUGUGUUCUGGAGCUGAACAACGACCGACUGCAGACUCACACGGUCUACAAAAACCUCAGCCCUGAGUGGAACAAGGUCUUCACCUUUAACGUGAAGGACGUCCACUCGGUUCUGGAGGUGACGGUGUUUGAUGAAGACCGAGACAGGAGUGCAGACUUCCUGGGAAAAGUGGCCAUUCCUCUGUUAAGCAUCCGAAACGGUCAGCAGAGGGCGUACGUGCUGAAGAACAAGGAGCUGACGGGUCCAUCCAAAGGAGUCAUCUACUUGGAGGAGGAGAUCAUCUUCAACAUGGUUAAAGCUGCUAUGAGGACCCUGGUCCCUGCAGAGCAGAAAUACAUUGAGGAAGAGCCAAAAGUCUCCAAACAGCUGCUGCAGCAGAACUUUAACCGGGUAAAGAGGUGCAUCAUGGUCCUCAUCAGCUACGGCACGUACAUCAACAGCUGCUUCGAGUGGGAGUCUCCGCAGAGGAGCGUCAUUUCUUUCGUGCUGUUCGUGGUGGCGGUGUGGAACUUUGAGCUCUACAUGCUUCCACUGGCCUUGUUGCUGCUGCUGGUCUGGAACUACGUCUUCUCCUGCAGCAGAGAAACGGCUGACGUGUCCAUGGAGGCCGUGUUUGAGUGGGAGGAUGAAGAGGACGACAAAGAAGACAAGGACUCGGAGCACAAGGGCUUCAUGGACAAGCUGUACGCCAUCCAGGACGUGUUCAUCAGCGUACAGAGCGCUCUGGAUGAGGCGGCUUCGUUUGGAGAGAGGAUGAAGAACACAUUCAACUGGACUGUGCCUUUUCUCAGCUGGUUGGCAAUCGCUGCCUUGCUUCUGGCCAUGCUCCUUCUCUACCUCAUACCACUACGGUACCUGGUCCUCGCCUGGGGUGUGAAUAAAUUCACCAAGAAGCUGCGUGACCCGUACAUGAUCGACAACAACGAGCUUCUUGACUUCUUGUCCAGAGUUCCAUCUGACGUUCAAGUGAUGCAGUAUCGGGAGCUGAAGGUGGACCCCGGACAAAGCCCAAACAAGCGCCGGAGGACCAUCCCCAGCUAGCUGGACCCAUUCAACUGUCAGCUUUGUACAUUUUGUCAUUUCUGUACCAAACUUGUACAUUUUCAUUAUUGUAAAGAGUUGUAACUGUUGAGUUUUUUUACUGUGAGUUAUUUUCUAAAUCUUUUAAAGGAGAAAACAAAGCUGUAAUGAUUUGUUUUAUUUUUCAUACAUUCGUGUGCAGAUGUCCGCGUCCUUCUGUAAACAGAACUCCUCUGAUGGAGUUAUGACAUAAACUCCUCUAGAAUACUACACACCAGUUCACUGUGAACUCAGACUGCGAGGAGUCCAGAACAUGACUCCUUCACCCCCCAUCCGGACCCUGGCGCUGAGUGGAGGACCUGCGGGUCCGCACUUGGGAGCCUGGUGGAGGACCUGUGUGUCUGGUCUUCAUGGCUCCCCACGGUGCUGGACGGAGGGUACAAGUCUUAUGUUCAUCUGAGCUCGUGGCUCUGUUGGGUCGACUCAUAUCAGAUGCUUUUUAUUGCAUUUUUACAAAAAGCAGCAGUCAGGAACUCUGAGGUUGAGUUUUCUCUGAAAAUUUCCCGUCAUGACUAAGCUACUGAAUCACAGCGUCUGUUGUUGAUCAGGAGGAUUUCAGAAGCCAGCAGUGAUGUUCUGGUCCUGCCCGUCAAAGUUCUGACCUGCUUUGCUCCUCCAGCUGUGAGCGUUAUCCCAACGAAGCUGGUGCUCUGCUGUUAAAGACGCUGUUGCUCUUACAGAGAUGCGGUUCUUUAACAGGAUCUGCUUGUGUUCUGGGUUUCAGCUGUUUUAAGGGUUUCAGAUUCUGCACGGACCAUCAUGUGUGAAACGAUCCCAAACAAAAACGUCAUAUAAUUUUGGUAUAUUUCUGUUGACUUUGACGUGUUGAACUUCCAGAAGAUGUUCUGCAACCCCAGCACCAGAAGUGUUGGGCCGCUGUAUAAAAGCCAGAUAAAAAAUAAUGAAUGACCCACCAGUGUUGACCCUGCCUCAGGGUUCUACUUUAAUCUAGCGUUAAGUAGUAACGUUCUACUUUAGUCUAACGUUAGGGAGUAAAGUUUCCCUUUAGUCCAGCGUAGGGCUGUUCGAUUUUGCCCAAAAAUAAAAUCUCGAUUUUUUUCUCUCAAAAUAUGAUUUUCGAUUACGAUUAUUUUGUGAAUUGACAAAAGGCAAAGAAAAUGAUUUCAAAUAUGCUGUUUUUUUAUUGAACAUUUGCCCCAUUGGACUUUAAGUGCAAACUUUGCUCUUAUUAAACCAAAAAGGAAUGAAUAAAGUGCAAAACUCUGUAAAAUAUGUUGAAAAAAAGUUUUAAAAAAUAUAAUAAAAUAUAAAGUUUUAUCUCUGAAAAAAAAAAUCAAGGAACACGAGCCGGUCUACCCGGUGGCAUGUUCCAACGCCCCCUCCUACACUAAAGAGCCUCUCCCAUGGGGCACUUGUCGCAGGUAUCAAGAGGUAUUUCCAUCAAUCAUUAAUAUGGUAUCAAUCAUUAAUAUGUGUGCAGACAAGGUAAAAAAAAAAAGUAAAAAAUCGAUUUUACGAUUUUCACGUUUUAACAUCGUUCUAAUUACAUAAUCGCGAUUACGAUUUAAAAUCGAUUAAUCGAACAGCCCUCGUCCAGCGUUGAUAGAUUGAGUUAGAAACAGUAACUAAGGGGUGGGUCUUACUGAUAGGUCAACUGGUGGGGAUCUGUUAUUGGGCUGAAUCUGGUCUGUGGGGGCUGGGCCUGACUCCAGGUGGACAAUUGAUUUCAACUUUUGUGGGUCUGGGGUUGUAUUCAACUAUUUUUCUGAAGUUUUUCUGUUUUUUGUUGGGUUUUGUCCUGAAUGUGUCCUCGUGUCUCAGACGUCUCUGCAUGUCUCUGGAACAAUUUUGCAUGUCUGAACAUAAACUACAACCUGAAGCUGAUCUGUUGUCCUGAUGAUGUGGGAUCUGGUUCUGUCCGGAUCAGGACUGUGCAGAUAAAUACGUGUCACAAGACCAUCGUCUCCAUGUGACUAAAUCAUGUCUGUUUGGAUUCAGGUGUUUAAAACCUAAACACGGGGGCACAGGGGCACGGUGGCACAGCUGGUAGUGCAGCCGCCUCACAGCAAGAAGGUCCUGGGUUCAAUUCUCGCUGGAGACGCUGUGGGUGCUGAGGGCGUGUUAAGUUCCCCCAUGACUUCAGCACCCACACC